GAGGGAUCGCGGUGGCCGGAAGUAAGAGAUCGCCACCGCCGCAGUGGAUGGAAUACCAAGGCGUGAAGGACUGGGAAGGUUUAAUCGACCCCCUGGAUGACAACCUUCGGACGCAGAUCUUAGGCUACGGCCACUUCGUCGAAGCAGCAUAUCGCUCCUUCGACUUCGACACCUCAUCCCCCACCUACGCCACCUGUCCCUACCCCAAACGUCGUCUUCUGCUCUCCAACAUGCGCCGCCCGCCGCGCUAUAAAGUCACGAGGAACUUGCAUGCCACGUGCGGCGGGGUCCGCAUUCCGCGCUGGGUCCCCUCCGCCCCGAGCUCCAGCUGGAUUGGCUACGUCGCCGUCUGCGAUGACGCGGAGGAGAUCGCCCGCGUAGGUCAUCGCAACGUCGUCAUUGCUUUUCGGGGAACCGCCACCCUGCCGGAGUGGCUGGAGAACCUGCGCAUCAUGUUGACACCCCUGCCGGAUGACAUGGCGCCGGCGGCAGCAGACGCUGAUCGGGAUUCACAGCAGCCGAUGGUACAGCGCGGGCUACUGAGCAUGUACACAUCAUCGGGGCACAAAUGCGGCGGCCGCCAGAGCUUAAGGGACGCAAUCAGGGAAGAAAUGCAGUACAUUGUGAAAAGGUAUGGCGGCGGCGGCGGCGCUAUAAGUGUUACAAUCACUGGGCACAGCCUUGGCGCCGCUCUGGCCACCUUAGCAGCGUAUGAUAUAAGGACGACGGCAGAGUGGGGGGAUGCGCCACCGCCACUAGUGACGGUGGUCUCGUUUGGAGGGCCAAGAGUGGGCAACAAGGAGUUCAGGUCGAGGUUGGAAGCGAGUGGCACCAAAAUCUUGAGGAUAGUCAACCGGGAUGACCCGAUCACUAAAGUGCCGGGGUUCGUGCUAGACGAAGACGUGGCGGCGGCUGGCCGUGGAGCAGCUGUGGGGGCUUGGGUACGAAAAUGCGUUCACUUUAC